AUGAUCGUCUCCAUAAAACAAAGUGCAAGAGUGUGUUGUACGUCAAUUGUGUACGCAACAGAUAAGAAACAAACCAAAGUGGAAUUUCCUGAGGCGAGAAUCUACGAGGAGGCAAUGAACGUGUUGUUGUUCGAAGAGAGACAUCUGUGUGCGCGAUGUGGAGGCGAUGCGGGACGUUGCUCACCACCUCGGGCGUUCUCCUCACAGCAACUCUUGUCAGCUUCAUUCGCCAAUCAACAGCCAAACAGCAGUUCUGUUUCGGUUCGUUUAAUUGCGUAA